AUGUUAAGCAAAUUAUUUCCUCACAUUAAGCAGAAACCAGUGACAGAAAAGGUUCAAUCCCGUGAAGCCUUCAUUUACUUAAGUCGCACUAUGUGGCUUUUUGGAUGGACAGAGGCAGAUAACAAAAGAUGGACUCGCGUUUACAAUCUAUGGACUUUAUUUAUGGUUAUAUUUAUUAUGAUUUUGUUGCCAAUAACCAUGAUCGUGGAGUAUGUUCAUCGUUUUCGUAGCUUUUCGGCCAAUGAGUUUCUCAGUUCAUUCGAGAUUUUGAUUAACAUGAUCGGUAGCUCCUUAAAGUCUGCUAUUGUCCUGAAAGGACACAAGAAAAUUCAAGCCUCGAAGAUACUUUUGGAUAAGCUGGACGAGCGUUGUCUGAGUGAUAAAGAAAAGUUCAAGGUUCAUCGUUACAUGGCCAUAUGCAACGCCUUGUUCAUUCUGUAUUUCAUUAUGUACACUGGCUAUGUAAUUAUUAAUUUUAUGGGUUAUCUUGUAUUGGGACGACAUGCCUGGCGUAUGUACAUCCCAUUGCUGAACUCUGAUGAGAAUUUUCUAAUGUCCAGUGGAGCGGAAUUUCUUCUAAUGACCAUUGCUGUUGUCAUGGAUGGAAGUACGGAUGUCUGUGCCUUGAGUACAAUGCUAAUGGCUCGAUGUCAUCUAAUGUUGCUCAAGGAUCGACUGGAGAAUCUAAGAACGGAUCCGGACAAGGAUGAUGAUGAGCACUUGAUUGAUUUGACUAAAUGCAUUCAGGAUCAUCGAUUGAUUUUAGAUUAUGUUAAUGCCAUGAGACCUGUAUUGUCGGCAACUAUAUUUGUGCAAUUCCUAUUGAUUGGCAUUGUCCUGGGCAUGUCAAUGAUAAAUAUUAUGUUUUUCUCAUCGUUUUGGACGGGACUGGGUACCUUCAUUUUCAUGUUUGAUGUUUGUAUGGAGACAUUCCCCUUUUGUUAUCUGUGCAAUGUGAUAAUCGAUGAUUGUCAAGAGCUUUCUGAUCGUCUCUUUCAAUCGAAUUGGAUGGGUGCCGAUCGUCGGUAUAAGUCUACUUUGAUAUACUUUCUUCAUAAUCUACAGCAUCCCAUAACACUGACAGCUGGUGGAGUGUUUCCUAUUUGUAUGCAAACUAAUUUGGCGAUGGUUAAGCUGGCCUUUUCUGUGGUCACUGUUAUGAAACAAUUCAACUUGGCAGAGAAGUUUCAAUAG